AGACCCCGACCCUCCCCGCUAUACACAAACUGCUGCUUCCAGGAGGCAAGCCGGAUGGAAGUGUGGACAAUACAAGAAGGGAGGAGCCCUGGCUAGUCCGGCCCCCGCAGGUGGACACCUGGCCCAUGAGGGGACAGACUGGGCCCCCACUGCCUCAGGAUGGGAACGGCCGGCGACGAGCCCCUCUCUGUGGAGCAGCCCCCCUCCUCCUUGAACCCCCUGUGCUUUGAGUGCGGCCAGCAGCACUGGACGCGGGAGAACCACCUGUACAACUACCAGCACGAGGUGGACGACGACCUGGUGUGCCACAUCUGCCUCCAACCGCUGCUGCAGCCGCUGGACACCCCCUGCGGGCACACCUUCUGCCACAAGUGCCUCCACAGCUUCCUGCAGGAGAAGGACUUCUGUCCGCUGGACCGGAAGCGGCUGCAUGUCAAGCUGUGCAGAAAGUCCAGCAUCCUGGUCCACAAGCUCCUGGACAAGCUGCCGGUGCACUGCCCCUUCUCGUCCGUGUGCCAUGAUGUCAUGCCACGCUGCGACCUGGAGGCUCACCUCAAGAACAGAUGCCCCGGGGCAUCCCACCGGAGACUCGCCCUGGAGAAGAGGAAGGCUGAGAGUGAGACCGGGCCCGCCCCGCUGGACCCGCCUGGCACCGGCUCCUCAGAACCCGACUGUCUGGGGCCGGGGCCACUGGCAGCUGAGCAGAACCUGACGCCUGCCCUGCUCCCUGCCUGGCCCGAGGAGCCCGGCCUUGACAACCCUGCAUUUGAGGAGGGGGCCGGCCCAGAUGCAGCCGCGCACCAGCCGCUGGGUCUGCCGGAAGGGGAGAUCACGACAAUAGAGAUCCACCGCUCGAACCCUUACAUCCAGCUCGGCAUCAGCAUCGUGGGCGGCAACGAGACGCCGCUGAUCAACGUGGUCAUCCAGGAGGUCUACCGGGACGGGGUCAUUGCCAGAGACGGGAGGCUACUGGCCGGGGACCAGAUCCUUCAGGUCAACAGCUACGACAUCAGCAAUGUAUCCCAUAACUAUGCCCGGGCGGUGCUGUCCCAGCCCUGCAGCACCCUGCAGCUGACCGUGCUGAGGGAGCGGCGCUUCGGCAGCCGCGCCCCCGGCCCCACCGACGCAGCCCCCCGGGAGGAGCUGCUGCAGGUGGAGCUGCACAAGCGGGACUCGAGCGAGCAGCUGGGCAUCAAGCUGGUGCGGCGGACAGACGAGCCGGGUGUGUUCGUCCUAGACCUGCUGGAGGGCGGGCUGGCCGCGCAGGACGGGCGUCUCAGCAGCAACGACAGGGUGCUGGCCGUCAAUGGGCGGGACCUGAAGCACGGGACCCCGGAACUCGCCGCCCACAUCAUCCAGGCCAGCGGAGAGCGGGUGACCUUGACCAUCGCCAGGCCAGGGAAGCCGCAGCCUGGAAAUGCAAGCCGAGAUGCGGGGGCCCCGAGCAGUAGCCAGCACCUGCCCCAGCAGCUGCAUCCCGCCAGGCCCAGCUCCCACAAGGACCUCAGCCAAUGUGUCACCUGCCAAGAGAAGCACAUCACUGUCAAGAAGGAGCUGCAUGAGUCCCUUGGCAUGACGGUGGCUGGAGGCCGAGGCAGUAAGAGUGGCGAGCUACCCAUCUUUGUGACCAGUGUGCCCCCCCAUGGCUGCCUGGCCCGGGACGGCAGAAUCAAGCGAGGCGAUGUUCUGCUCACCAUCAACGGCAUUGACCUGACCAACCUGAGCCACAGCGAGGCGGUCGCGAUGCUGAAAGCCAGCGCCGCGUCCCCGGCUGUGGUCCUCAAAGCCCUGGAGGUCCAGGUGGAGGAGGAUCCCGCCCAGAGCACCGAGGAACCGCCCGGCAGCUUUAGCGAAAAUGAGUACGACGCCACGUGGUCUCCAUCCUGGGUCAUGUGGCUCGGACUCCCCAGCACUCUGCACAGCUGCCACGACAUCGUGCUGCGGAGGAGCCACCUGGGCAGCUGGGGCUUCAGCAUCGUCGGCGGCUACGAGGAGAACCACACCAACCAGCCUUUCUUCAUCAAGACCAUUGUCCUGGGCACGCCAGCGUACCACGACGGGAGGCUAAAGUGCGGAGACAUGAUCGUGGCCGUCAACAGCCUGUCGACGGUGGGCAUGAGCCACUCGGCCCUGGUCCCCAUGCUGAAGGAGCAGCGGAACAAGGUCACCCUGACCGUCGUCUGCUGGCCAGGGAGCCUCGUGUAGACGUCUGGGCAUCUGCGCGUUCAAUCCAACAUCUUCCGUUCAUGGGGUUGUGACCGGAGCCCUCUCAGGGUCCCAGCAUGUGUCCAGGUGGGGAACUUGUGGGCACAGCUGGUCCCCAGACCACUCCGAGCACCUCGUGACUUGAACGGCCUCCCCCAUGCUGGCCGAGCCCCUCUGAGCUGGCACACAGCCUCCCAUGGGCCCUGGUGAAAUCACACGUCCAGAUGCAGGCUCUCGGUUGGCAGAAGGUUGCCCAUCAUCAUUCAGAGGGGCAUCAAGCUCAGCCUGGGACAGGCCUCUGUCAUACAGAGAGCCAAGCAGUCCCCAGAGCCGGCACCAGCCGCAAACCAGCGCCAUGGAAGUGGGGGUGGGUGGGGAGGGGUCCCUUUAUUCCGGGCAAGAUCCCUGUCCUGUUAGCCAUCGGUGCCAACAUUUCAAAGACCCCUACCUAUUUCCAAGGAGCUUCCUCCAGCUGACUUUGGCAGUAGCUUUACGGUCUCGGUUUUCAGAGGUGAGGACGCUGCAGCCAAGACCUGGUCAGCCACCCGAGAGUCAGACAGUGGCGGGCGGUGAUUGCAGCUCAGUGCUGGGCAUGCUGACAGAUGUCCUUACUCAAACGAGGCUGGCACCUUCAAAAUUCAGUUCCCAAGGAAUGUUUUAUUACAUAGGAUCUUCCUGAAGCAGUUUUUGCUUAAAAAAAAACCAACACACUGAGGACCCUCCCUUUCUAGAGUUUGUGUUGCACAUCUCUGGGGUCUUGGCUGGGACCCUCUGUGUGUGCUUUAUGGAAUUAAUCUCACGGUUAACCAUUAAACCGUAUGGCUAUUUAAUCCAUACUCAACUCACUGCCAAGUAGGAUAAAGAAACCCCUCUCUGAUUAUGAUAGGGUUCUGAACCUUUUCCAAAUCUUCAUUUUCCUGUUAUUUCUGUACUUUCAUACUUAAUGACUUCAAGUAGGAAGACUGAGAAAGUUGUUUUUUGUUGUUGUUUGGUUUUUUUGAUUUGUUUUUAUCUGAAGUGGUAGGUUGUAGGUAUUCAUAUCCUCUCAUCAGCUCUCAGUCACUAGAUGAGAGUUUUGGGUUUUUUAAUGAUAUUGGGAACUAGGACCAGCCCAUUCCCUUUGUCCGUGGUCCUGCCUGGUUGUCCUCUGGGAGAGCAGAUGUGGGCCCGGGGACCAGCAGCGGUACUUGAUCCAGGGGACGCACGCUUGAAAAACGAUUCCCUUUAGAGACCUCGUUUGGGAUUGGAGUUAGUGUAGAAGUGACCUCUCUUAAGAAUCAGUGUCCAGCUUACCAGAGAAUGUGCUCCAGAACUCAGCAGUGUAUAUUGUGACACGUGACCACUGUAUUUGCAAACUCAGCCCCAGCCUCCCUGCUGGGGGCCAUCCUAUCUGUCACACGCCAUUGCUGACCCGGUGGGUCUUGCAGUUUGCACGGCACUCAGGCUCUGUCCCACGUGGUCGGCAGAUAACCUGGAGCCGGUGGGGUGGCCCAUGCAGUCUGUUACUGCCAGGUGAUGGUCAGCUUUGGAAGCAUCUUUGCAUUUUGAUACUGCCAGCUGUUCUAAUUGACCUGGAGCAAAUUGAUAGUUUGUUUUUGGCUUUUUUUUCCUUGAACACCCAAAGAGAAUUUUGUACCCUCCUCCACUAUUUUUUUGAACCUCGUGUAAGACUAUCGAUUCUUGGGUGUGGAUGGCCGUCUGCAAACUCCACCACCGCUACUUGGUUUCUGUAAAAUGCUUCAGUCCAAGCCCGCGGUUACGCUGAGAAGUUCUAGAAGGAAGUUCUAUUGGCCUGUUUGGUUUGCCUCCCUGAUUUUUAUCACAGAGACCUGGUCAUCCUAUGUGUCAGCUAUGUUUUUGUUGUCCCCCCGCCCCCCUUAAACGAAGCAGUUCUCUGUAGCUUUUGGUCAGAAUGAGGCCGGGUGAUGGGGACACGUCUGUAAUUUAUUGCCACAAUGGAAACACUUGGGCGUUCGUCAUGAGCAUCUACCACUGCAUAUUUUGAUUUGUUCUGUGCCUUCCGUUUAAAUUAUUUCAGGAUCCUCACACUGUCUCGAGUCAUGGUGUGACGAUCAUUCAGGGCGGGAAUAAACUUUCUGCCACCAA